CGCAGCUCCUCGCGCCGCAGACGUGUAGAGUCCUCUGCUCUUCGCUAACGUGGCUGUCAAGCCCGACGCCAAUUCGCCUUCUGUGCAGUGGUCCUACAAUACUACUAGAUUGGAAAUGCACUAACGUCUGGAUUGCGGCCCGCUCCGGCUCGGGUUGGUCCCGAGAAGGAGCUCUUGGCUGCACGCUGUUCCUGCUCCGCUGUGGUCGGCUCGCGCCGACGACGAGUAGGCAGAUAUACAGAGAAGAAUGAGUGAACAACAACAACAACAGCAGCAGCAGCGUCUUGAACGCCCCGGACAGGCACAAGUGCAGGAUCCCCUGGGAACACAGGACCGUGCGCACUUUGUGCAAGAGCUCCAUGAGUUGGGCUUACUCGAGUUCGCGGAAGAGGUGAAUUUCAGCCGCCUAACGGAAGCCCCAGGGGAUGUUGGCCUGUCGUCAGCAUCACGUCCGGGCGCCGUAGGCCACAACAACCCUCCUCCUCAGCCCACGCAGCCUAACGACAUACAUCAAUGCCACUUGAAGAACCAGAUGUCGGACGUGGCGACCGCGCAUGCGAUACAGGUCCUCCACCUAGCCAAACGCCGGAAAACCUCGCGGGGGGCGGAUGUGUCGAGCAGCCGGUCGGGUAGCAAGGGUCUGCGCCACUUUAGCAUGAAGGUGUGCGAGAAGGUUGAGGCGAAGGGCCGCACGACGUACAACGAGGUGGCAGACGAACUGGUUAGCGAGAUGAGCAAGAUGGAGGCAGCCAACAAAAAUGGGCAGUACGAUGAAAAGAACAUUCGGCGUCGCGUGUACGACGCCAUCAACGUGCUCAUGGCGAUGGACAUCAUUCAGAAGGAGAAGAAGGAAAUUAUGUGGAAGGGCUUCCCGCGUCUCGGCAAUCACUCGUUGGAAAAGUUGAAGGCGGACAGGCUGGCCAGGAUAAAGGAGGUGGAGCAGAAGCAGCUGUACCUUCAAGACAUGAUUGAGCAGCAGAAGGCACUUAAGAAGCUGCUGGAAAGGAGUGCGGCGCGGGGCAACGCCGCAACGGGAACACAACUGUUCCUGCCCUUCAUCCUGGUCCAGGCAAAGCCAGACGCGACCGUGGAGGUGAAAAUUUCGGAGGACAUGAUGGACGUGCAGUUUGACUUUUACAGCUCCCCGUUCCAAAUACAUGAUGAUAGCCAUGUCCUCAAGAAGAUGGUGGAGCAUCAGGCACGGCAGCAGCAGCAGCAGGUGCAGCAGCCGCCAUUCACCAACCCGCUUGCGGCGGGCGGGCUAGUCUUGCACUGGCAGCCGCCGAACGGUGUAGCGGCGGGGUUGCAGGGUCUCUCGCCGAUGCCGGACCCUGCCUUGGCGCACUUAGCUGUUGCCGCAGCGCAGGCGCCGGGAAAUCCGCUGGCAUACAACUAUCCAACCGCCGCGGCUGCGGCGGCAGCGUACUAUCAUCAGCAGCAUCAGCUUCUUCAGCAACAACAACAGCAACAGCAGGGGCAGCAGCAGCAAAAGCAGCCACCGGCUCAAGCUGCCGCGGUAGGGCAGCAGCAGGGACAGGGACAUCAGCAACAGGGGCAGACAGGGAUACAGGUACCGUCGUCGCAGCAACAGAAGCAGCCGCAGCAAAAGCAACAGCACUUGCAGCAGCAGCAGCAGCAGCAGCAGCACUUGCAACAGCAGCACUUGCAACAGCAGCACUUGCAAGAGCACCAAGAGCAGCAGCACCAAGAACAACACCAGCAGAGCCAGCAGCAGCAGCAACAGCACCACCACCAAGGUUCUCACCAUCCGGCUGCACAGCAGCAACAGGCGCAGCAACAGCUGCAGCAGCAGCAUCACCACCACCACCACCUCCAGCAGCAGCAGCAACAAUUCCAGACCUUGCAGGCGUUGCAACAGCAGAUUCAGCAUGCGCAUGCGUCGCUGCCGGGUUUGGCGUUGCCGCCGCUGGGUCCGCCCUUGGCGCUUCCGAAAGGGUCUGGUCCACCUUCGCGCCUCCCGCCGCCGUACGGAUUGGCGCACUCGGGCUCGGGGCCGCCGUCGCAGCACCCGCCGGUUGUGUCCCAGCUGGUAGGACAGCUGACGGCCUCUCUGCCAUCUGGGUCGGGGUCUUUGCUUCCACCGCUGUCAUUCGGGGGAAUAGGGGCUCAGUCGCAGCACCCCUUGGCUGCCAUGGCACAACUGCCUCCACCUCUACCCCCACCUGGUCAGUUGCUGACGAUGGCGCACAUGCCGCCGGCGCUGGCGGCUGCGCUGGCGCCGCCGCAGCCGCCAGCAAUGAGGCAGGGAAGCAUGCCUCCGCCGCCACCGCCGCAGCAACAAACCGGCGGUGUCUCACAGCCGGCGAGCGGCAGCGAGGCGCCUUUGCAGCAUGCAGGGAUAGGGCAACUGGGCGGGCCGGCACCGUCCACAGCCUUUCCGUUAGUUGCGUAA